AUGGUUGCUGCCACUAGUGCUGCAUCACCAGCUAGCGUGACGGUGACACCGACGUCUACCACAUCAUUGUUCGUUCGCUUCAAGACACCGACAGAUGCUACAGGAAUUAGUCGCUACGAGGUGACUGUUGACAGAGUGAUCCCGAAGCAACUCUGCACAAUACCGCUUGGGGAUAAGCUCGAGUGUCAACUGAAAGGUCUUCAACCUGCAGCCCGGUACACAGUGACGGUCAGUGCUUGCGUCCGCAGGACAAAUCCGACCGUGUGCAGUGAAGGUGUGAGGGUGUCAGGAUGGACGAAACCUCUUCCACCACUUGACGUGGCGGUGGUGCCGAGUUCCAACACAUCAGUUGUCGUUCGCUUCGAGGCACCCACAGAUGCUAGAGGGAUAGGCCGCUACGAGGUGGCAGUUUCCGGAGCGGAGCCAAUCAAAUCGUGCACAAUACCACGUGGAGAAAAACUUGAGUGUCGAGUGGAUGGCCUGCAGUCUGCUUCCAAGUUCGAAGGGGCAGUGAAGUCCUGCAUCAACGACACCGAUCCGGCUGUGUGCAGUGAGGAUGUAGUGGCGUCAGGAUGGACAAAACCUAAUGCUCCUAGACAAAUGACCUUUGGAAGCGUCGACUCUGCCAGCGUCUACGUCAGUUGGCAGAAGCCGGACGGCAAAAUGGAUGGCAUCACGCUAUACAAGGCUUUGGCGAGGCAAAGCUCCAGAGCAGUGGAGCGGACUCAAGAGCACUCUUGCUUCGCUGACGCGUCGCUCGAGGAGUUGGGGUGUUCCAUCAGUGGACUCAGUCCUAGCACCACCUACACCGUCUCCGUCAGUUCCUGUAUCGCGACUACUCUCUGCGGAGACGAAGUUGGCUUAAUGGAAAUAACAACGCUAUCACAACCAGUAAACAUCGUGCCGAUCAUCGUCGGAGUUGUCGUUGCUCUUGCCGUUCUCGUCGUCGUUUUGGUUUUCGUUGUGUACAAAAGAAGACGUACAAACCGCAAGCCGACUCCUUUAGAAUAUUUGGAAGAGACUUCAAAAGACGAGUUAGUUUAA